AUGGAUGAAUUAGGGAAUGUAUAUGAUUGUGAUUUGCUUUUUAAUAAUGAUGAUACAACUUUUGGGGAAGAUGGAAAUAAUUGUGACGAUACAGUAGCAUGGAAAAAUGAGGAAAAUGAAAGCUACUUGAAAAAUAUCGACUUUGAUAUAAAAAAUAAUAUGGAUAAAAUAUCAACACAAUAUUUAUUUUUAUAUAUAAACACAUAUAAAGAAAAGAAUAUAAAAAAUGUAAAAAAAUUAUAUAAUUUAAAAUUUUAUGAUAUACAUUUGAAAAAAGAUGAAUACUCUCUGUUGGAAACCGAGCACAACAUUGUAGAGUAUUGCAUUAAUGAGCUGAUAAAUAAAGAAAAUGAAAAGAUUGAAAAUAAUAGUGAUGAUAUGGAGGAAGAGCAUAAAUAUUAUUUAUUAAAAAUUUAUGAAACAAUUUUAAAACAUUUUCCUUACAGCUUUAAAAUAUGGUAUCAUUAUAUAAAGGAUAGUAUUGAAAUGAUUAGUGAUAUAUAUUAUAAUAAUAAAAAAGAAUAUGAAAAAAUUAAUAAAAUUUUUGAAAAUUGUCUUUUAUAUUUAUAUAAUUUUAAAAGUAUAUAUAUUAUGUAUAUACAAUUUUUAUAUAUUCAAAGAAAUGUAAAAAAAAUAAGAGAAGUUUUUAAUAAAUCUUUACAAAAUAUUUGUCUAAAUCAACAUGAAGAUAUAUGGAAUUAUCAAUUAAAAUUUAUAUCAAAAAUAGAUAGUAAAUUAAUUAAUUAUGAAUAUAUAAAAAGAUAUGUCACAAUAUAUCCUGAACAAGUCAUAUUUUUAUUUAAUCAUUAUAUUAAAUAUAAAAUGCAUAAACAAGCUUUAAGCACAUUUUUUUAUAUAUUAAAUAAUGAUGAUAUAAAUUUUGAUUUAGGAGAUAAAACUAAAUAUGAUUUAUAUAAAGAUAUAUUUAAUUUAAUUAAUUCAUCAAAAGUGUUAAAUAAUGAUGUUAUGGAAAUUUUAAGAAAAAAUCUGGAUAUUUUUAAAAAUUAUGAAAAUAUUACAUCAAUAUAUAUAUUAUUAGCUAAUAAUUUUGUAUAUGAAGGGAGAUGGAAUAAAGCUAUGGAUAUAUAUGAAGAGGGAAUAUCUGAAUCAUAUUCUAUUAAUGAUUUCUCUGUACUUUUUGAUAAUUAUAUAGAAACAUUAAAGGUUUUGAUAGAUCUCAAAAUACGAGGCCAGGGUGGAAAUUCCAUUAAGCUAGCCAAUAAAACUAACCAAGAUGAAGAAACGGAUGAAAGUGAAAGUGAAAAUGAAAUGGAUAUUUCUGACGAUUUUAUUAUUGAUUUAUAUAUGGAUAAAAUAAAUUAUUUGUUAGACAAAAGAAAAAUAUAUAUUGCAGAUAUAAAACUUAAAAAUAAUAAAAAUAAUGUAUAUGCAUGGUUAAGUAAAAUUGAUGUUAUAGAUAAUGAAAAUGAAAAAAUCGAUUUAUUUAAUCAAUGUUUAAAAUUUUUUAAAGACAAUGAUUAUACUGGAAAAUUAAGUGAUGUAUAUAUUACCUAUGCUUAUUAUUAUUAUAAUAAUAAUAAUUAUAAAGAAUCAGUAAAUGUUUUUCAUAAAGCUAUAGAAGAUACAAAUAUAAGAAGUUUAAAUGAAAUGGCAAAUAUAUUUUGUUCAUGGAUCGAAUUAGAAAUAUUAGAAAAAAAUUAUAAUGAAGCAUUACAAAUUGCUAGAUUAUCCAUCGAUUUUAAUAAAAGUAAUAAUUUUGAUAAAAAAGGAUUACAAAUAGUUAGUUACAAUCCUGAUACGACAUCAAUCAGGAAGGAUAAUUCCAAUUAUGGCUUUAAAAAUGUACAAAAUAAAUUUAAUUUAAAAAAUUCUAUAAAAUUAGUAUGUUUAGUAUUAGAUAUGGAAAUAAAUUAUGGAACUGUUGAAACAGCUUUAUGUAUGUUUGAUUUAUUAUAUCAUUCUAAAAGUAUUACUAUUAAAAUGGUUUUGUCAUUUGCUAAUUAUUUAUAUGAACAAAAAUAUUUUAAUGAAUGCUUUAAAGUAUAUGAAAAGGCUAUUUCUAUUUUCCAUUAUCCAUAUUUAUAUCCAAUUUAUGUUAAUUAUAUUAAUAAAUAUAUUGAAAGAUAUAAAGAUAAAAAUAUUUCGUAUGUACGUGAAUUAUUUAAACAAGCCAUAUAUGGAACGGAUAAUAAAACAUAUGUCCCUAAAGAAUUUUCAAAGUACAUUUUUUUAAUGUAUAUUUCGUUUGAAGAAAAUUAUGGAUUUCUGAAAAAAUCUUUAAGUAUUUACAAAGAGGCUAUUCCAUUUUUGGAGGAGCAAGAUAAAAUUAAAUUUUACAAAAUAUUUAUUUCGAAGAUAUCCAAAUCGUUUGGAAUUCACAAAGCUAGAGAAGCAUUUGAAGAGGCUAUUCAAACGCUGACAGAUGAUCAAGCUAGAGAAAUUUGUUUGUUGUAUAUUGAUAUGGAAUACAAGUUAAAUGAAUAUGAUCGAGUAAGAGCACUUUAUGUAUAUACUGCUCAGUUUACAAAUCCAUUGAAAUUCCCCAAAUUUUUCCAGGAUUGGAGAGAAUUUGAGGCAUUGUAUGGAAAUGAGCACACAUUUAGAGAUAUGAUAAGAAUUAAAAGAAGUGUCCGGAGUAUGUUUACAAAUUCAAAUAGUGCUUCAUUUAAGGAUAAGCACGAGGAAACAGAAGAAGGAAAAAUAGAAGAUACGAAAAGAAAAUUAAUGGAAAUUAUUGAAAAUGAAACAGCUGAAAAUAAAAAAUUAAAAAAAAUAUAA